UGUGUGCGUCUCUGAAAGUCUUCCGAGUUUCCCAUUCACCAGCAGAGGAGCCAAUUCAUAUUUUACAGCAUCCAUAAGCACCUCCGUAAAACGUGUAUUUCUUACUUUAUAUCUUCCGUAUAAGGAUGAAUUCGACUAUAACGGAAACUCUGGGAAAUGUGGACCACCCGCGCGUACAGGACCACUGUGAGGAAGAUGUGAUGUCCUCAGUUGGAAUUUCCAGCCUGUCUGACGAAAUCCUACUAUGCAUCCUCAACUAUGUUCCUGUGUGUGACCUAUUGCUAAACGUGGCACGUGUCUGCCGCAAGUUGCGUGUGCUUUGUCAGGAUAAGACCCUGCUGACACAUGUUUGUCUAUCAGAAGAAUACACGGCCAGUGAUCUAUCUUUCAGGCAUGUGCUGAAGCAACUAGCCAGUCAAGUGCAGUCGCUCAGUCUGAGUGGCUGCUAUUGGCUCUCUGGCUCCACCAUGGAGCAUCUUGCUCGCUGCCGGGCUAUCAAACGGCUGGACCUCACUGGUUGUCGUCUGACCUCCCUUCGACUCUCCCGCCUCCUGGAAUCCCUCUCCUGCCUCAAUUCGCUUGCUUUUGAUGUGGCCCCUGGUUUCAACUCAGCACAGCUGAGUUCUGAGGCUGUUGAUUUGCUGAGCCGCCUGUCAGAGCUGAGGCAGACACUCCUCACUCCCAGUUAUGGCGUGGUGCCCUGCUGCUCCCAGCUACGCAGAUUAGCACUACAGUUUGAUAUCCCAGACGUGACCAGAGAGGGCAUUGGUGUCUGCUGCCAGUUAAUGGUUGGCCAGAGUAGUGUGCCACAUUACCAGCAGCUGGAGGAAUUCAGUGCAAAACUGGCACCUGGAGAGGUAAACCAGACCCUGCUCCUUCUCUACCUAGCUGUGUUCAGCGUUCACGUCCCAGAGCGCCUGAGAGUCUUCCUGGUGUCUAUUCCCGGCCCCAAUCCUGCCCACUGGCCGGCCGCCACCCCGCUGGCCCACUGCUUGGGCAACCACAGCAGCCUGGAGGCACUGCAGCUCCCCCGCUCGUGGUGGGACUCCAUGUCGCUAGAGCGGGCGCUGCGGGGCAACAGCCCCAAGCACCUCAGCUUCAGCCGCUGCCCGGCGCUGUGGACGCAGGUCUUCCGGUCUCUGCUCGAGGGUGGGGUCCGAGACGCAGCGCGACUCGUCAGCCUCAAUCUGAGCGCGACGAGCCACAGCCUGUACCCGGAGAGCAGCGGGAUACGCGGGGGCGAGGAGCAGCUGGGCGCCAGGACGAUGAGCCGACUGGUGAGCGUCUGUUCAAAGCUCCAACACGUCAACCUGAUGCACAGACACUACCAUCACGAAAACACACCGGGACUCGACGGGGAGCCCCACCUCUGUGCCAGCUUGUCCCGACUGCAGCAUGUACGCUCCCUGGCGCUGCCCGCCUGCGCCCUCUCCGACGGAUGCAGCAGCCGCCACAGCACCGCUCACACAAGCCCCUCCUCGUCCCUGCUACGCGGCUUGAGGAAAGCUCCGCGGGUCGGUCUCCAAGCCUACAAGCCGUCCGAGUCCGAGCCAUCGUUACCCAGGGACAGCACCUCGGGGCUGGCGCAGCUGUUGUCCGGCUGCCCCUUGUUAGAAACCCUGGAGUUGAUCGGCCCCGGGUUCAUCUCCACGCUGCCCCGCCUGGAGCCGUGCACGCGGGCCUGCAUAGAGCCGCGCGGUAUGUGUGCCUGGGCCCGGUGCGUGGGAGACUCUCACGUGGCGGCGCUGCAGGUUCUGCCCAGGCUGCGGCGCCUGACGCUGGCGGGGCUGCCGGGGAUUCACAAAGGGACGGGGCUGAUCCCGGUGGCCAAGCACUGCCCAAACCUCCAGGCUUUAUCCCUGGCUAACCUGGGCUGCCUGAAGACGAUGAAUUACACCGCGUCGCUGAUGGACACGCUGCGGCUGUGCACGCAGCUGCAGGAGCUCAGGUUAGAGCAGCCUUACCUGAGUGCCAACGCGUCGUUCUUUGAGGCUCUCUCCUGCUGUUCGCGUCUGAAACGCCUCUGCAUCAUUUCACGCAGUGGAACUUUUGACCCCGUUGCCACGGAAACCUUUGUGGCUCGCUGCCCCAGCCUUUGCGUGUGCCACAUAUUCAUGGGGGGGACCUUGGUGGCCUGUCGCACGCUACAGAAGGUGUUAAUUGACAGGUAUUCAGCUGCGCGGCCCGCCCUGAGUGUGGUCAUCUUCCCCCUGCAGCACGAGGACCUGGCACUGGUCAUCAGAGACACUCCGCUCACCCUCCUGGACAAGAUAACGCUCUUCCAGAGCCGUGUGGCCCAGACCCCCCUCCUCGCGCCCUGGUGACACAUCUCUGUGACCUGCUCUCAGCAUGAAUGUGGUCAACAGCCAUUGCAGGCAUUUGAAUCGAUGCCCUGCCAUUAUUUAUAUAUCUAUAUAUAUAUAUAUAUAUAUAUAUAUAUAUAUAUAUAUAUAGAUAUAGAUAUAGAUAUAUAUAUAUAUAUAUAUAUAUAUAUAUAUAUAGAUAUAGAUAAAUAAAAGAAUAGUUCCCAAUGGCUCAGAGUUUCAAAUGUGCACGGCUGAAUGACUUGAUUGUUACCUUUCAUGAUGAAGUAAACAAAGAAACCUUUAAGUUGCAGUGUAUUUCAGCUCAAAUGAUGCGUGGUUGGAAAUUUGUAAUGAUUUAGUGUUUAGGUUCAAGAAUAUUUUGGGGACAAAACUUCUGCACAGCUGCUUGAGAAUUUUUUAUAUUAUUAAAUAAAAUUGAUGUCUCCUAAUUACUCGAGCAAUCUGUUGCAACAAAGUAUUUAUCUGCGAAUGAAAUGCACAUUAAAUGGCAAAUUAUAUGUUUAAGGUGCCAUAAUUAGGAAACACAGGAUACUUAUGUGUUUACGGACUACUUGAAUAGAUGUUGUAUACAACAUUGUAAUAAACUAUAAUAACUGACA